UGCAGGUAAGUAGCUCAGUUUCGUACGCAGUUGAUCUAGAACUACUUUGUAUCGACGCCGUGUUUUAAAACGGUUUGUUUUUGUGGGUUUUUUUUACUGAAGCGACUUCGUCUCAGGUGAUGCUCUCUCCAUCACCGCCCUCAUCACCUGCCGGGGCGGAUUCAACCGGCAGGAAGCGAUCUAACAAUGUUUUGUUUUGUUUUGUUCUGUUUGUUCGUUCGAUCGUUUUGUCAUCAUGUCGCCAGGCUUUGACUAAUGUGAUGGAAAGCGACAAACUAACAUGUGAAAGACAGAUACCGCCCCAGCACUGGAGAAGCUGCAAGUUGAUCAUCGACCCGGCUCUGACCAGAGGACUGUACAAAGUCUACCGCUACGACGGAGAGCGCUUCAACAUACCGGUGGAGGACUUAGGUCUGUUUCCUGUGGAUGUUGUCAGAGAUCCUCGCGUCAACCGCCUGUGGAGGAGAAACAGCGACACUGAUCUGUCGGUGCCAAAAUUCAAGAUCGACGAAUUCUACGUUGGACCCGUUCCUCCCAGAGAAGUGACGUUCUCCAGGUUGAACGACAACGUGAACGAGCCCUUCCUGACGCAAAUGUGCCAAAAAUAUGGGAAUAUUCAAGAGGUGGAAAUAUUCUACAAUCCCAAAAACAGGAAACAUUUAGGCAUCGCCAGGGUUGUGUUCGACGGCGUGCGGGACGCGAGGGACGCCGUCCAGAACCUCCACCAGACGUCAGUCAUGGGGAACAUCAUCCACGUGGAGGUCGAUCCCAAAGGGGAAAACAGAGACCAGUAUCUCCAGCUUCUCCUGCGUGGACAUUACACUCCUGGGACGCUGCCCGCGGGCAGCAGUGAGCAGGAUCUGCAAAGUUCGGUGGACGUUUGGCAGGGCAGAGCAGACCCUCAGCUGACCGGCGCCAUCUGCAGCCCCUCCAGCACCGCUACACCCCUGUCUUUGGAUACAGCCUACUCCAGUAUUUGGCAGGACACGCCCUGUAGCCUCAGACUGACGCCCCAGUCUCAGGGAACACCCUGUCUCUCUGCCACUCCUCUCUCCCAGGACUCCUGCUACUCUAGUCUUCAGGCAACUCCAGUCUUCCAGGGGGAGCCCUCCGUCCUGACCGUCUAUAAAGCUCUGACGCGACAGCUCCGCCGUCACGAACCUUCACGUUACAAGCAGAGACGCAGCAGAGCGUCAGAGGUGAAGGCGAUCUUAGGGCACCGCCUCACCCUGCUACCUCACCCUCUGUCCUCACAAACGCACGGAAACAGCCAGCAGGUGGCGCUGUGGGGCUGCAGUGCUGAAAACUCAACACACAAUGUCACAAAAUUUUCAUUCGACUGCACCUCCACCUGCGACAUAUCCAGAGACGGAACCAUUUCUACCUCCGAGACCCAGGACGACGGCGAGCUCAGUGUCCGGCCUCCGGCCUCACCCAGGGACACCACCUCCUCCUCCCCUCCUGCUGCUGCCGUCCACGGCUCCUCCAGCAACCGUCGGCCAGUGCUGGAGAGUCUGGACUCCCGUAUUGAAAAUCUGCUGUUGAAUAGCCAGGGGACUGCGGGCCCACUGUUUGACACACAGACUUUAAGGGACAGCCCGUCGUCGCCCUGCUCUGGCCAUAAUUCCCCAUCAUCACACGUGGAUUCAGUAGAGGGCGCCGUGACUGUCAAUGGACCGCGCCCAGCUUACGACAGGCGUUCGGCUCGCGUGAGCGCCCCCGUCAGUGACAGCGAGGAGGAUGAAACCAGUCGAGCUGUUGCCUUUCUCACCAGACACUGCCGGUCUCCCUCCUCCUCCUCCGACCUCCCGCCUCAGUCACUGCCUCACCCAAAGUCUGACAACAGAGCGACUGGAGCUCCGACGCCAACCAAGGACACCACCUCCCUCCUCCAGCCUCCGCCCGUCUCCUCCCAACGCCAGGACGACAAAUCUCCCACUGUCAACUCACGUCCUCAUGUUAUUCCACCUUUUCCGUUCCCCGUCCCCCCUCGUCUCCCAAACGGCGCCAUUUCGUUCCCACCGCCGAGCUGGAUUGGCCCUCCCUGGAUCCACAUUCCUCCUCCCCCGAUCCCGCCACCUCCCCAUCCGUCCAUUCCUCCUCCACCAACUUUUUUUGGAUCUUCUACUCCUUUGAUGGGGCCCCCUCCUCUCCUCCCUCCUGUGCCCAUGAAUAUACCGCCUCCGACAAAUGUGGAUCAGAGGAACCCUCCGAGGCUCGGCGGCACACCCCCACCCCGUCCUCCCCCUCCUUGGCCCGCGCCUCCUUUCCCCGGUUUCACCCACUUUGCGACUCCACCACCACCGGUCAGGGUUCCGGCGCAGGAAGACCCUCAUAAGGUGACGCUGGAAAAGGUUUUAGAAGUCGUGGUGACCGAACUGAAGUCGGUGAUCAGGAAGGACAUCACGCGCAGGCUGGUGGAGGGGUUGUCCUUCAAGGCCUUCGAGGACUGGUGGGACGGUCAGGAGAGGAAGACCAAGAUUCAAGCUUCUCCUUUGAAACACGGAGGCGGUCCGGACAAAAGACGAGCGACUGCCCUCAGCGCCACCUGCAGCCAGGGCAAGAGAAAAUCCCUGCCGUCCUUCAAGUUGAAAAGAAAACGUCUCGACAACGUGGCUUCGACCAACGACGCAGAAAGUUCUGUUCCCUCAACGAACGAAAUUCCUGACAUAAACCAGGAGGAGGUCGCGGUGAGGUCGAAACGCAGACACGCAAGACCCCAGGUGCUCGACAGUGAUGAGGAGGAGGAGGAGGAGGGGGAUGGUGGAAGAAAAGAUGAAAGGGUUCNCACAGAGACAUCAAAGAGGUCUUCAGACAGAACAGAGGCUGCGGUUCCUCGAGACACCCGAGAAACCAAGGCCGAUCUCAGUCUGUCUGUCCUGUCGUCUACCUGCUCUGUUGUCCAGUCUCAGGGACGUCGCGAUCCUGAUAAAGGUCAGCUGGACGGUCGGGCCAAGACUGAGAUGGAGGAAUCCACACAGGGUCACGAUUCCAUCGUCCCCGACACUGGUGAUGGACUGCAGGGCUCAGCAGGUGACUCUCUCUCAGAGAGCAGCUCCUCAGGGGACAGUGAAUAUUCUUCAGACUGCGACUCCUCCUCCUUCUCAGAGACUUUUGAGGACUCUUCCUUUUCCAACCUCUGUCCAGAGGAUGAAGACAUGGAGGACGGUGUGAAGACAAGAAACUGCGUCUUGACGUUGACGUCAGAUGAGGAGUCGGUGGAUCUGGAGCCUCCCCUGAAUUCUGCAGCUCCACUGACACCGGGCGCUCACUUGGACUUGUGUCUGCAGGACUGGUCAGAACCGUACCAGAGGUCGGACACCAGGUCGGACAAGGAACCAUAUUUAUCCUGUCAACGGGACAUAGAUGGUUUCGACACUCUGAUGGAACUGAAAACCAGCCGGCACCAUGAUCCUCCGUCCCCUCUAGAACUCUCAGUCGAACCAGACCUGGACGUUGAAAUCACGAGCCCUCCGUGGACGGCGGAGUCUCCAGAACACAGUGACAACCUGAGACCCGCGACUCCGACAGGAUACCUGGGGGACAGCGACCCUGACAUUCUGAUUAAGAGCAAACCAGCGUCCCCUGCUGUGCAGGAGGUGGAACGUCCACAAACACCAGGCAAAGGAACGGUGCUUGAACUGGAGGGGGAGGACUCGGGGGACGCCAGUGAAUAUUGUUCCCUCUCCCCCCUCGUGAGCAUCGACCUCGUGGAAGUUCACGCGGACUUACCCCUGGCUUCGUUUGACAUUUACCAGGAAGUGCCUAAAACCCCUGGUAGAGAGGAGACCAGCGUCUGGACGCCAUUCAGUUCCGCGAGAGCUCCAGCGACACCCGGGAAACACACGCUACUGUCCGAGGGCUCACCCCUGAGCAGUCCCCCGACUGUACCGCCCCUGUCCACUAAUCCGUAUGUAUUAGCCCCAAAGACCCCCGGGAGAGACAUUUUUCUACCACGUAGAGCACUGGUUCACAGGAGGACACGCACACCCACUCUGCCGGACUCACCGUCCGUGUUGAGCGAUGACGGUCUUGGUUCCGUGUCCUCGCCGUGCAGCCUCUCAGAACCGUCUCCAGACACUGUCCAAGGGUCCACGCGAGUGUGGACCAGUUCCAAAACGAAACUUUUACAGGGUCUGGAGAACGUGCUGGGCCUUUGGCACGAGGACAAGAACUUUUUAAGGAUAAAACAGUGGAGGAAGGCAAUGAGGAGAUGGAGAGUCCACCACGGCCACAGAUGGAGCAAAAGGACUCAUCCCUACAGGGGGCGCUCUCUACGGGAGGAGAGGAGAAUCCUUCACAGCCUUUGGAGGGAGGGUCUGGACGAAGAAGACGCCGGGCUGCUGAGGUCCACCUACGACAGGCUGCAGGAGCAGGACGACAGCUGCGGGUGGCUCACCGACACCCUCUGGAUCCCUCACCCUCUGACAAAAGUCGUGAGCGAGACAAGCGACGAACACAAACACUGGACGCAGAUCCACUGGACCGGCUGCGCUCGCUGCGAAGGCUUCUACAAAAUCAGCAGAAAAGAAAAACUUAAAUACCUCCGACACACAAAAAAGGAAACACUGUUGCCCCCUACCAACAGUCAGCAGCAGACCUCGUUACUGCGAUCUGGAUCGGACUUCAGGUCCGAACAGCGCCGCCUGCUGUCCUCUUUCAGCUGUGACAGUGAUCUAGUGAAGUUCAACCAACUGAAGUUUCGGAAAAAAAGGAUUUGUUUCAGCCGCAGUCACAUCCACGAGUGGGGCCUGUUCGCCAUGGAGCCCAUCGCAGCAGACGAGAUGGUGAUAGAAUAUGUCGGUCAGGUCAUUAGACAGGUCAUCGCCGACAUGAGGGAGCAGCGGUACGAGGAGGAGGGCAUAGGGAGCAGCUACUUGUUCCGGGUUGACCAGGACACCAUCAUUGACGCCACAAAGUGCGGGAAUUUGGCGAGGUUCAUCAACCACAGCUGUAAUCCUAACUGCUACGCUAAGAUCAUCACUGUGGAGUCCCAGAAGAAGAUCGUCAUCUACUCCCGGCAGCCAAUCAGCAUCAAUGAGGAGAUCACCUACGACUACAAGUUCCCCAUCGAGGAAACCAAGAUUCCCUGUUUGUGUGAAGCUGACGGCUGCCGCGGUUCUUUGAACUGAACUGAACUACAACGCUAGCCUUGACUUCCGAUAUUUACAAUAUCGGUGUUUGAGAUAAAAAAUGAAGAAA